AUGGAAUCUCUACCGCAAGCAAGCGCUUCCUUGGCAUGGAGCGUGCACAAGAUUGGAGGCACCUCCAUCGCACGGUAUCUCGAUCACAUCGUCGACAACAUCGUCGCGUGAGUAUCGUACAAAGCGCACCUGAAGCGAGCGGAAGCCCGCGCUCACGCCGGCCUCCGCCUCCCCACAGCCCCCGUGCGACUUCGGAGCGCCUCGUGAUCGUGUGCAGUGCCAGGUCGCUCGCAUCCAAAGCAAAAGGCACCACUUCCACGUUGCUCGAAGCGGCAGAAAAGGCCGCCGAGUCGCGUGGCACCUCACAGCGUCGCGCCUCUGACGCGCGCGGUCGAGAUCAGCGUUGGCGCUUGGACUGCUUUGCGCAGGCAGAUCCAGCUCCUUUACGGUCGCCUCUGCUCUCACCUCUCCACAACCCUUCAGGCGUACCGCUGGACCGCGUCACGUCGGCGCUGUUGGACCGUGCUCGAGAGCGCUCCACAAGUGCGAGCACCAGGACAUCCUCGGCCAGCAGAAGCACAUCCUCGACGCUGUCCUCGAUGCGCAAUUCCUUGAUAGAUUUUGCCGAUAUUCAAGAGAGUCCCCCCAGCAGUCGGGCUUCGCUAGACGAACGAUUUGAUGUACGCACAGCAAAGGAAUUUGGCUGGCUUUCGGACAUUCAAGCACUCCAAGAAGACCACUUUGCCGCCGUGCGCACUCACUGCCAAGAUGCGUCGAUCGCGGAAAAGUGCCUGUCGGAUUUGUCUUGCGACUUCGACGAGCUGUAUGCAGUCUUGGCUGCCGUCGAGGUGCAUACUUUUCCUGAAUUCUCCCGCCAUCUCCAAGCUGACAUUCCUCCUGUCCGCUCCCACCCGCUAGACUCUUGGAUUCUUGAGCGCCCAGAUGAAGGAACGCAUCGUCGCCUUUGGAGAGUUGUGGUCGACGAGAGUGCUGACUGCAGCACUCUGCAGCAAGGUGAGUCUUCGCGCGCGCGCGCGCGCGCGCACCCGCCUGCAUCUGCUAAAUCCCCCCUCUGACGCGGUGCGCGACUGCUUUCAGCACCUCGACGCCUCGGUGGUGCGGCUAGACUCUCUCGCGCUGGACUGGGACACGUGCAAUGCCGACCAGGUCGAAGAGCGCGUCGUCCGGGCGAUACGCGAUGAGCUCGCGCACAACUCCUCGCGCGUGCUCGUCGUGCCUGGCUACUAUGGACCCUUGCCGUACGCCCUGCUCGAAACCGUCGGCCGUGGGUACAGCGAUCGAUGCGCUUCCUUGUGUGCCGAUGCGCUCAGCGUGUCGUGCAUGUUUAUUUGGAAAGAAGUGGCUGGAAUACUGCAGGCAAAUCCGAACGUGGCUGCCGACGCCAAAGUCAUCUCCGUCAUCACGAGGAGAGAGGCGCACGAACUCGCAAAGUACGGAAACGAAGUCAUCAAUGCAGAGGUGAGCGUGACUGUUUUUCCUCAAGAGUCACUGUAUUGUUAACGCGCGUCGCCGCCUCCAUAGGCCCUCAAGGUCGACAAGAGUGUACGCAUCAAGGUGCAGCACGUGCUGUUUCCCGACGAUCCAGGCACCGUCAUUGAUGGCGUCACUGACGAAGCGGACCUCUCAUCGGGACACGCAUCCCGCUUCAGUCUUUCCCUCCUGCCCAACGUUCACUUGAUAACCCACGCGCUCGGCUCACCGGCAGCAGUCGCCUUGGCCGCAGAGGUUUCCCGCGGCGACUUUGCAAGGGCUAUUGCGACCCAGUCUGAUGGAGAAGCAAUGACCGUCUGGUUGCAGGCAAGUCCCGCAGAGCUCACUAGGCUGACGCAAGCGGCAGCAUCCUCCAAAGUCGAGGUGCGUGCGUUCGUGUGCGCGAGUGCGUGCGCAGUUGCUCACCCUUGGCCCCCGCGCAGCUCGUUCGAGAUGAAGCAGUAACGCUGCUCGCUCUCACAGGAAGCAGAGACGACGCCGCGGCCAAGCUGUGCGUCGCGCUUCCUGCCAUACAACCCCCACCAUUAUCCAUCUCGAUGUGCGCAUUCCCCCUUACCACGCUGUUUGCGGUGCGCUCUUGCAACGCCGAAGAGAAUGUGAGGCGAGUGCAUGCAGCUCUCGCCAGCGGAGGUUUCUAG